AUUUAGUGACGUCAUGGUGAGGCAGAAGAGAUAAGACAGUAAAAAAAGUGAAGUUCUGUUUUCUAAUAUAUUCGCAGUUCGUAUAAAUAUCUUUGUUAGCCACGUAAUUUUGAAAAUGUCGUACGCGUACCUUUUCAAAUACAUCAUCAUUGGGGAUACAGGGGUUGGCAAAUCUUGUCUUCUUCUUCAAUUUACGGAUAAGAGAUUUCAACCAGUUCAUGAUUUAACAAUAGGUGUUGAAUUUGGUGCCCGUAUGAUUACGAUUCAUGGAAAACAAAUCAAACUCCAAAUUUGGGAUACUGCAGGUCAAGAGGCGUUCCGUUCUAUUACGCGUUCAUAUUAUCGUGGAGCAGCCGGAGCUUUAUUAGUGUAUGAUAUUACACGACGAGAUACAUUUAAUCACCUGACAACUUGGUUAGAAGAUGCACGACAGCAUUCGAAUUCUAAUAUGGUGAUCAUGUUAAUUGGUAAUAAAAGUGAUCUGGAAAAUAGACGAGAAGUGAAGAGAGAAGAGGGAGAAGCUUUUGCAAGGGAACAUGGACUCGUUUUUAUGGAGACUAGUGCAAAGACAGCAAUUAAUGUAGAAGAAGCGUAUAUUAAUACAGCAAACGUAAUUUAUGAAAAAAUUCAGGAAGGCGUAUUUGACAUAAAUAACGAGGCAAACGGCAUAAAAAUCGGACCACAGCAUUCGCCAACAAGUCCUGGUGGUUUAGCGGGCACUGGUGGGCAAGGAAAUACGCAAGGUGGUGGGUGUUGCUAGGGACUGGGGGUUGCCUGUCCACCGCUUCAUCCUUCUCCAGUUUAAAUUAAUCUUUUUACUCCUGAUCUUCGUUUUUAUUCUGAACCAAUUACUUUACAUGUUUUUUUGCGCGUGUCGCAUUGUAAGGUAACAAGUGACUAUUGGUGUAUGUAUUAUUUAAAACCCAUAUACACGUAUUUAAUAGGAAUAUCAUAAGGUAAAGUGUUACAUACAGUUUAAAUCAUAGAACUUAAUAAAAUUUUAAUUUACAGAUUUUUGCUGACAUUAGUUCAUUAUUUUAAAAUAUUAUUUCUUACAUGCUUUGUAAAUUAAUUGAUUUCGUUAUAGCAACAUAAUGAUAUUUACUUCUUUAUAUUGCAUUCGUACAAUAAUUAAUUGUGAUUUUUUAAUAUACAUAUAAAGAUAAUCGUUAAAUUAAAUGUGCUAUUAGAAAGAAAUAAAUAUUAUUUCGUUAACACAGUACUACAUUUCAUUCUUCUUUGUUUAGACAGAAUAAUUUUAAGUUGUAUCGUGCGUGUCAAUAGCAAGAGAAAAAGUUGAUUACAUAUUGGACAUUGAUAAAGCGGGAGAGGAUAGGCACUUCUAUUCAAUGUUUUGUAUUUGUUCACAUUGUAUAUUGUAUGUAUUGUGCACUGAUCAUUGGAGUUUGAUUUUAUUUAAUAAUGGAUCAUAGUUGGUAAUAUAUGAAUCAAAGUGAUUUAUCAAAGAUAUGAUUUACACUUGACUACCUAAGACGACACCAUGUAUAUGUAUGUAUCAAUGUAUGAAAUGACGAAUAUAUAAAACGUAUAAAUCAAUUUUAUUACGAGGCCUAUCCAACCAAAUGAUCUUAUUAUUUAAUUACAUAAUUAUAAUUGAUGUUUUUUUGUUACAAUAUAUUAUAGAAGUAAAACAUUUUAAUUACAACACGUGAAUCUCUGACAUUUUUAUAUUUUUUUUGUUCAUUCAAGUAAACGUUUUUAGUCACUAAAGGUAAAUUUUAUAACUGCAAUCAUAAACACUAACACCUAUUGAGAAAGCAUAGCGAUGUUAAUAUUGUCUGUAUUCAGUUUAUCGAUAUCCAAAGAUAGCGAUAAUGUAUAUUUAUACUUUUAUUUUACAAGUAACUUAAAAAUUUGAUGAAUAUAAAAAGAAAGAUUAUGCUUAUAUAUAUAAAAGAUAUACUAUAUAUUAUGUAUUGUGCGCAUUUUAUUAUCUUGAACGUGAAAUAUAAAAUAUAGAAAUGUAUUUGAUAUAAAAUGGUUUGUUAUCAACUUUAACCAAUAUGAUUUAUCAAUAUGUAAACAAUGUAGGUCAGAUGUGUAUAAUUUAAUGUUAAACGGACGUAAAACUCGAACACAUUUUAACGGAUUGUCUUACAAUAAGUAGAAAAACAAGAAGCGAACAAGUAAACCGAGAUGUGCAUUGACUUUCACGCCCGUCAAAUAUACUAAUUGUACUUACAUAAUGUUAUGAUUAAAAUAUGUAUGUUGCUUCAAGGAAUGCGAUCAAUUCUUAUUCAUGGACUAUUAUUAUUAAACGCUAUGAAUGUGCGAUUCACCGUCUUUCUGUACAUACAUUUGACAUAUCAUUUUCAGUGCAUGUCAUUCACUUUAUUCAAUUCCGAAGCUUUGAUUUAUACAUUCUGAAUUAGUAUUUUCGAUUUCAAAGUUAUAAUCAUGAU